UUUCCGGUGUCGGAUAUUCAAAGCAACGAGCGGGAAAAAGUCGCUGUUUUGUUGUCGGAAGUGGACAUUUGCGGACUAAAAACGGGCACAAAUUAUCAACAAUAAGUACUUCUAGUUUUUAUUUCAUGCCGACCGCGAAGGGUUUUCCAAGAAGUGACAUAAACUAGUUGAACAUCUCGCAUGUCGGUUAUUUAACGUUGAACGUCGAGCUGCCACUUGUGUUUAAAUGUCAGACUGAGGUAAUAUACGACACAGAUUUAUGCUAGUUUUCUUCACGGAAUGGACGGAACGACGUGUUUAAAGGCUCUGCUGCUCGCUAUGCAGCAGUACGAAGCCGGCAGGACCGCUCACUGUGCGGCGCAGCUCGUCAAACAAGUGGAGGAGGUAUCCGCCCUGAAAUGCGAGCUACUGCUGUCGUCGGGUCAGCCGCUGCCCAACGAGUGCGUCCGCGGGCUGGCCGAGCUCACCGGAAGUGCCACUACAUGUCCCACCGUGGCUGCCGCUAUCCUGUCCCUCCUGGCGCAACUUGCGUGUGAUGACGACAGCAAGAAGAUACUUGACUGCAACUUGGACCUAGUCGGCAUCCUGGCUUCACUGGUGUAUCGCUACAGCGCCACCCCGGCGGACCCUCUGGUACUACAGAGUUUGCAGCUGCUGCAGAAGCUGACCUACAACACUCGCGUCUUCCCGUCAUCGAGCCACGUUUACAAACUCAUCGACUUUCUCAUGGUCAACAUCCAGUCGCACAGCGAUGACAUCAUGCUGCCCUGCCUCGGCCUGAUGGCCAAUUUGUGUCGGAAUAACUACGCCGUUCAGAGUCACAUCAAGUCUCUGGACAACGUGAAGUCUUUUUAUCGGACCCUGAUCCACUUUCUGGCCCACAACAGUCUGACGGUAGUGGUCUUCACCUUGUCCGUCCUGGCCAGCCUCACUCUCAACGAGAAGGUCGGCGAGAAGCUCUUUGAUGCCAAAAAUAUCCAUCAGACCUUCCAGUUGGUCUUCAACAUCAUCGUGAACGGCGACGGCACGCUGACUCGAAAAUAUGCCGUCGAUCUCCUGGUCGAUCUAUUGCAGAACCCCAAAAUAGCUGAUUAUCUUACCCGGUACCAGCACUUCUCCGCUUGCGUGUCUCAGGUUUUAGGAUUACUGCAGUUGAAAGACGCCGACUCGGCAGCCAAGGUUCUGGAGCUGCUCCUCGCCAUGUGCGCCGUGUCGGGUCUGCGCCCGCAACUCUGCCGGGCUUUGUUCAAACCGGCGGCGGCGCCCAAGCUGAGAGCGAUCGGUCGGAGGCAGGCGGAACACAAGGCCGAACCCGGGCCGGCGUUGGCGCAGUGGCUCGGCUCUCCGGUCGGGGGCGCCGAAGCCUGCUCGCUCAAAGCGCUGCGGCUGCUCGACCAGCUGCUGGAGGAGGCGUUGGGCGCCGACGGCGAUCCCGACGACGCGCGGAGCUUUGUGGAAAUGUUACUGCCCGUUCUGCUGGACUUUGUAAAGGGUGCGGACAAUAACUUGAGACAACACUGCGAGCGUGUCACGCACGUCAACGACGUGCUCCUCGUCAUGUGCGGCGAAGCCACCACGCGGGCGCUGCUUUCGCACCAUGUCAGCGCUCAGCUGUGCCUAUCGCAGGUGGAGACGCUACUGGCCGGUUGUCACGGCGACAGCCCCGCCGCGGACGACGCCCUCAGGUCGGACAAUCGGCCGCCGCCGUUUUUUCAAAUGACACGUUUGCAAUAUUGCGCUGGCGUUUGUAGUCAGGUGUGCGCUGAGGCCCUGCUGGGCACUUUGGAGCUGAUGAGCAAACUUCGCCAGCAGGUCAAAGACAUGGAGACCAGCUUCUACCGGGCGCUACAGGACCGGAGGAUAGCCACGCCCCUCGCCCUAGCCCUGACGUCGCACCACAGAAAGCGCGUGCGGACCGGUCUGGCUCUGCUCUUGGAGGCCACGCCUCUCCCGGACUUUCCGUCGUUAGUCUUGGCGGAAAGCAUGGCCGCCAACAACGCUUACCGGCAGAAGGAAGCCGAGCUGUCCGUCAAGCGCGUGGCCGUGCGGGACGUCCCUCCCCCUGGGUCGAACGCGUCGGCUUCGUCCAGCGGCGUCCACAGCCUGGCGGAGAAGCUCCACAAUGACUUAGAGUUGCAGGAGCGGGCCGAGGACGCGCACGUGUCAGACAUCAUCGACAUGUACGAGCAGAAGAUCGCCGCCCUCGCCUCCAAGGAGAGUCGCCUUCAGGACGUGCUGGAAGCCAAGGCCGUGGCGUUGUCUCAGGCCGACCGCCUCAUCGCGCAGUGUCACUUCCAGCAAGCGAGGGCCGAGGCCGAGGCCCGAAAGCUGGCCGGUCUGCUGAAGGAGGCGGAGCGGCGGCGCGAGGAGCUCCGGGCCGAGCUGGGCGCGCAGCUGGAGGAGGCGCGACGCUCCGAGGCCGACACGGAGGAGCUGCUGAGGCACAACGCCAGACUGCAGCUGGACUCGGAGGAGCACCAGGCUCUCAAAGCCGCCUACAACUCUUUGCUGGACAGGUUUAACGAGAGCGAGCGUCUGCUGAAAGAGCUUCAGACGGCUCACGCGGACCUCAGCAAACAAUACGAAACCCUGAAGAAGAACCAGCAAACUCUGCAGACGCAGCACGACAAGACCGUGUCGCUGUUGCGAGAAAAGGAAAAGGAGAUCACGUCGCUGCGUUCGGACGUGCGUCUGAAGGACCAAGAUGCAGCAGCUCUGCGCGGCGAACUGCGGGCGGCGGCGGACGAACGGCGGGAGCAGGAGCGGCAGAAGCGGGAGCUGGAAGACGCGCUGGACGCUCUGAAGAAGGAGCUGAACAAGACGGAGCAGGCCAGGAAGGACGCUAGCAUCAAGGUGUCGUCUCUAGAGCUGCAGAAGAGUCAGUUGGAGGCCAAGCUGAAGCAGCGCGAGGACCAGCUCGGCAAGCACUCGGCCAUGAUCGCCAUGAUCCACAGCCUGAGCGGCGGCAAGCAGAACGAAGUCAAUCUCUCGCUCUGAUACCCGACCGCGCGCUCGCCAAAAUGACUUUUUAACAAAACGGAAUGUUUCAUGUAUUUAAAUAACCCUUUUGGCAA